GCAGAACAUUAGUUUCGAAACUUUCUUGGGGAGUUGUUUUGAUUCUAUGAACAGCGCUCUUUUUUGAAGGUCAAGACAAUAUGUAAGGGUGGGAAAGUAAAAACACGAACUUCUGAUCAAAGUAUGUCUAACCGACUCGCGCGGGACUAAAAAAAUCUUUGAUAUGAAGAUGCAUAUUAUUCUCCUUCUGGUGAGUGUUUUCAACUGCGUGACAGACUUAUCAAUGGCAGCCGAUCUCGUGAUUGACAGAAAAAGGCCUACUGGACGAAAUGGAUGGAAGAAUGGACGAGACGUUUUCAAGAUUCCUUCAUCUUUAUGGGGCGAGACCUAUAAUUGCACGAGCUUUGAUGCCGAGGUGACAGAUAAUGCCUGCACUUGUUUAUGCCCAAAAAAAUCUGCGACUUUCGUUUUUCAUAACGAGACGAAUGGUUGUCAAGAAAACGUGAAAGUUCGUAAUCUAUUAGCACAAGGCGACCAAGGGACACCAGUCUAUUUCAGUGGUGAGAGGGUCGAUAGCGAAAUGCGUAUGUUGACCGUCGGUGAUAACAGGAGGAGGGUAAAACUAGACGAAGACAACGGCAAUUGUGCCGUGGAUUCACAGUCCAUCUAUUUCGGAUGUGGUGGCGCUGAACAUAUUUUGCCUUCAGGCCAUCCAUUCAAACUGAAAAAGAACGAUGAAGAUUACUUUCUUGAGGUGAUGGGCGAAACGAACUUUGAUUCCUUAAAGGGUAGAAUUAUCAAGCUAAAGAUAGAGUGCCAUAAAAGAAGCAGAACAGAGAGCUUUGUUUUGGUGUUUAAAUAUGAAGGAUCUCGCAAUUGUACCAUACUAAAACCAACAUCACAGCCUCCAGCCACAACAAAGCCAUUAGAUACAUCUUCUCUAUCAUCUCCAUCACUUAGAACGAGUACAAGUGAACAUGCGGCUUCGACAAUCACCGAAACUUCACCAUCGACUUCACAUAUUCCGCCGAAAGUUCCUUUUACCGUACCUGUAGUUACUGAUCUGUCAAGAACAUCAUCCUUUACACUUCUGACAACCUCCGAAGUCACGAAGGUGUCAAAGGUCCGUCCGAACGUUUCCGAAGCUCCAUCCACUACCUUAGCGAAGCGACUGACGACGACAGAUUCUCCGUCUAAAAGUCCUGUAGUCGCCCGUCCUGAUCCUGGCCAAGAACGAAGAACGGAUGGAAAGUCAUCCCCCUUGGCCCUCAUCGCAGGUGUCACCGUCGCCAUUGCAAUUCUGGUUAUUCUUACCAUUAUUGCCUUCCUGACGUAUCGACACCGACAUUCAGUGGAUAAGUCCAACUCUGGUAUAGAAAGCGAAGAGAAAAAGAAAACAGCAAUGAGAAGUCUGACCAGAAUUAGAUCAGAUGUGCGGGAUAACGAGGAUCAUUACAAAACACUUACUCUUAGAGAACCAGUUGUUUAUGCAUCAGGCUAUCAAGCGCCUGUCCGCGUUGGAGAAGCAAACUUAGGGAAUUCAAGAGAAAGUGAAGUAGAUUUCUACGCUCCUUUAAAUAUUCCUGAUAGAAAAAAUAUCUAUGGUCACAUAAACAACCAGGAAACAGUUUUCAAAGAUAUGAGGCCUAAAAUAAAUGGCCCCAUCAGUGUAAACCAACGUGUUUAUGACCUUAUGGAGGAAAUAGCCAUGGACCCUCCUGUGGGGCCCACUGAGGAAGGUGAAAAUGGCGCUGAACCUGUCUACAACGCUUUGGUGGGGUCGUUUCUCGAUGGGUCCCAAAGCCCUAAGUUAAAUGGCCCCAUCAGUGUGAACCAACGCGUUUACGAUCUUAUGGAGGAAAUGGUCAUGGUCCCUUUAAAAGGACCCGCUGAGUGUGGUGAAAGUGGCACCGAACCUGUGUACAACGUUUUGGAGGGGUCGGUUUUUGGAGAGGUCGAUGGGCCACGAAGCCCAGCCUUCUUUGAUAUCACGUCAGACUCUACGGAAGGGCUAGUUUACCACUAUGUUGAAAAAGGCAAUCAUCCCAUGAGUAAGGUCCUAAAGGAAACAUCUCUUAAUGGCGCAGAAAAAUCAAACCAUCAUGCUGCAACGGGUCUAAUGGAGCCUGUUUACAACACUUUAGAAGCACACGUCAGUGACAAUGAUGGCGACCCUGUGUACAAUGUUUUAGAGGUUACUGAAAAUGAAGGAGGUCCUCGCCAUCACAUUGCUAUAUUCACAGAGGAAACAAUCCAUCCUAGCUUGUGAAAAUCCAAACCAAAUAUUUCAGAUAAAGUAAAUGACUUUACGACUGACCCAGUUUAUGAUAUUCUUGAGCAAGAUCUAAUCUGAAACGCUUUGUUUGGUGGAAGUAAACAACGCUCCAGGAAAAAAAAUAAAGAACUUUUGCCUCUAAUACGGGCCACGCAUUUUUAAAAAGAACAGUUAGAUUGUAAGAAGUAGUCCCGAUAUUAGAACAAUGUUUGCGGUAGAUAAGUAUAGGCUAAAUAGCACUUUGAUCACUGUCAUAGUAUAGAUUAAUUCCGACGGUAUUGUUAGUAGAGCAAAAGAAAGAGGAAAUGGCUCUCGAUUUCAAUGUCGAACCCAACAGAAAAGUAAUACAAGCUAAGGGGUGAUAUUUCAAGGUUUCUUUGCCCGAUUUACAUCUUCUAAAUAACAGAAAAGGAGAAGGUACCUAAUUGUGUUUAUGUUGUAUUGACGUGGAGAGGUCCAGAAACUUGACUUGGGGUUAUGGUGUAAUUAAAAAAUAUAUGACUUAACUAACUCAAUACUAGUUCCCUAUGGAUACGAAAACUUGGUUAAAAUCUAUCACUAUAGCUUGAAAAGUUAUACCACGUUAAUCAAAUGUAAGUUAUGAUGUAGAGCUUAAUUUAGAGCUCUUUCCGUAAACUGUAAUAUGUGAUUGAUAAAUCAAUAAUAAACCUAGUUCUAUCGCGAUUUGAAACGGC